AUGAGUAUAACAUGCAUUUGCGGCAAGCUGUGCAAGAACCAACGUGGCCUGAAAAUCCAUCAGGCCAGGAUGAAAUGUUUGGCGCGGGAGAGCGAGGUGCAACGCACAGGUCCUGGACCUGGUGAGACGCAGGAGGAGCCCGGACAGGAGACACACCACAGUUCCCAGUCCCUCCACGUACCACAGUCUCCCAAGCCAAGCAGAGUAGUUCCACAGCAGCGGAUUAAGUGGCCCCCAGCAAGCAGAUGGAGUGAGUGGCUGCAGUUUGACGAGGACGUGUCCAACAUCAUUCGAGCCAUAGCCAAAGGGGAUGCCGACAGCAGACUCCUAGCAAUGACCACCAUCAUUGUCAGUUAUGGCUCCGAAAGAUUUGGCCAGAUGGAGAAGGGCAACAACAAGCCCAAUCCCUACACCAUGAACCGCAGGGCCGCCAAGAUACAUCAGCUGCGACAGGAGCUCAGAACCCUCAAGAAGCAGUUCAAGUGCGCUGCUGAAGAGGAGAAGCAACCAUUGGCAGAACUGCGCAACAUCCUGCGGAAGAAGCUGACAACCCUCCGCAGAGCAGAGUGGCACAGGAGGCGGGGAAGAGAGAGAGCGAGGAAGAGAGCGGCCUUCAUUGCCAACCCCUUCCGGUUCACAAAACAACUGCUUGGGGACAAGCGCAGUGGCCGACUCGAGUGCUCAAGGGAGGAAGUGAAUCGCUUCCUCGAAAACACCGUGAGUGACCCACUGAGAGAAGAAGAUCUGGGACCCAACAAAGCUCUUAUCAGCCCUGCAUUACCAACAGCAGAGUUCAAGCUGACGGAGCCUAGCCUAAAGGAAGUUGAAGAGGUGGUCAAGGCAGCCCGUUCAGCAUCUUCCCCAGGCCCAAGUGGUGUACCCUACCUUGUCUACAAGCGCUGUCCAGAGCUCCUCCGGCACCUGUGGAAGACUUUGAAGGUAAUCUGGCGAAGGGGGAAAGUGGCCGACCAGUGGAGGUGUGCAGAGGGGGUUUGGAUUCCCAAGGAGGAGGACUCGAAAAACAUCAACCAGUUUCGGACAAUCUCACUAUUGAGUGUGGAAGGGAAGGUGUUUUUCAGCAUCAUCUCCAGAAGACUGACUGAGUUUCUCCUCAAGAACAACUACAUUGACACCUCAGUGCAGAAGGGUGGGAUUCCUGGAGCUCCCGGCUGCUUAGAGCACACUGGUGUAGUUACACAACUCAUCAGAGAGGCCCGUGAGAACAGAGGCGACCUAGCUGUGUUGUGGUUGGACCUGACUAACGCCUACGGGUCCAUCCCACACAAACUAGUUGAGCUCACAUUACACCUCCACCAUGUUCCCAGCAAGAUCAAAGACCUGAUCCUGGAUUAUUAUAACAACUUCAGGCUCAGGUUCACGUCAGGGUCGGAAACAUCAGACUGGCACCGCCUUGGGAAAGGAAUAAUAACAGGGUGCACCAUCUCUGUUACCCUUUUCGCACUGGCGAUGAACACGUUGGUCAAGGCAGCUGAGGUGGAAUGCAGAGGGCCUCUAUCCAGAUCAGGUGUUCGUCAGCCCCCAAUAAGAGCCUACAUGGAUGAUCUGACCAUAACAACUACAUCAGUGCCAGGGAGCAGGUGGAUCUUGCAAGGACUGGACAGACUCAUCACAUGGGCUAGGAUGAGUUUCAAACCCUCCAAGUCAAGGUCCAUGGUACUGAAGAGGGGGAAGGUGAUUGACAAGUUCCGGUUUUCAAUCUCAGGAACUGCAAUCCCAACCAUCACGGAGCAACCAGUCAAGAGCUUGGGGAAACUCUUUGACUCUAGCCUUAGAGACUCCGCUGCCAUCCAGAAGUCUGGCGAAGACCUUGGAGCGUGGCUCACCAAGGUGGACAAGUCCGGCCUGCCAGGUAGAUUUAAAGCCUGGAUCUACCAGCACUCCAUCCUGCCAAGAGUCCUGUGGCCUCUCCUCAUCUAUGCAGUCCCAGUAUCAACCGUGGAAUCCCUCGAAAGGAAGAUCAGCAGCUUUCUCCGGAAGUGGCUAGGCCUUCCACGCAGCCUCAACAGCGCUGCCCUGUACGGGUCUAGCAACACCCUGCAGCUACCUUUCAGUGGGCUCACUGAGGAAUUUAAGGUAGCACGCACCAGAGAAGCCCUACAGUACAGGGAUUCCAGGGACUGCAAGGUAGCAUCAGCUGGGAUUGAAGUGAGGACGGGCAGGAAGUGGAGGGCUGAGAAGGCAGUGGAGGUGGCAGAGUCUCGCCUAAGGCAGAAGGCACUGGUGGGGGUCUUGGCAACAGGAAGAGCAGGCUUGGGCUACUUCCCAAAGUCCAAAGUCAGCCAGGCCCGAGGCAAGGAGAGGCACCAUCUACUCCAGGAAGAGGUCCGAGCAGGUGUGGAGGAAGAGCGAGUGAGCAGGGCGGUGGGACUCCGGCAGCAGGGAGCAUGGACAAGGUGGGAGAGCACGUUACAGCGCAAAGUCACCUGGUCCAACAUCAUGCAGGCAGACUUCCAUCGCGUUCGGUUCCUUGUGCAGGCAGUCUACGAUGCUCUCCCAAGUCCAGCAAACCUCCAUGUGUGGGGGAAGAUCGAGACACCUUCCUGCCCCCUUUGCUCCGGAAGAGGCUCCCUAGAACACCUCCUCAGCAGCUGUCCAAGGGCCCUGGCCGAUGGCCGCUAUCGAUGGCGCCACGAUCAGGUGCUCAAAGCAGUUGCAGAGAGCAUAGCCUCAGCUAUCAGCACCAGCAAACAACACCAUGCUCCAAAGAAGGCAAUCCCCUUUGUCAAAGCUGGAGAGAGACCCGUGAAAGGCCCACAGACAGCAUCAGGACUCCUACAUACAGCCCCGGAUUGGCAGCUGCACGUCGACCUCGGGAAACAGCUGAGGUUCCCCCAGCACAUUGUUAUAACAUCUCUCCGGCCAGACAUGAUCAUCACCUCCGAGGCUUCAAAACAUCUGAUCAUGCUGGAGCUGACAGUGCCCUGGGAAGAGCGGAUCGAGGAAGCCAACGAGAGGAAACGUGCAAAAUAUCAGGAGUUGGUGGAGGAGUGUAGGGGAAGGGGCUGGAGAACAUACUAUGAGCCCAUAGAAGUCGGCUGUCGAGGCUUCGCGGGACGCUCGCUCUGCAAAGCCCUAGGUCGCUUGGGCAUUGCAGGAGCAGCAAAGAAGAGGGCCAUUAAAUCCGCAAGUGAGGCUGCAGAGAAAGCCACAAGGUGGUUGUGGCUAAAGAGGGCAGAUCCGUGGGUUGCUGCUGGGACGCAAGCCGGGAGCUGAUCACCCCCGGCUGGGUCACCUAGGAGAGGGUGUCUGAUGUUGCGAGACCCGAAACACCCGAU